AUGUUUUCCAUAGGCCCUUAUGCAUACGAGACACAGUUAGUGUCACCACCUGUAUUCUCUACAUUCAACACUGAACCAUCUACUGCUCCAUUCACUCCCCCUCAUGAAUUCGUUCAGCUGACUACACCUUCAUCCCUUGAAGUGCCAUUUGCUCAACUUCUGUCAUCUUCAUUGGACCAACAACGUAGAAAUAGUAGUAACAGCCAGAAGUUUCCACUGUCCCAAUACGAAUACCAGCCUUACCAACAAUAUCCGGGAAGUCCAGGUGGUAAUCUCAUAUCACCAGGAUCAACAAUAUCGAAUUCAGGAACAUUUUCUCCGUUCCUGGACAGACACCCUAUGCUUGAGUUUCGCAUGGGGGAAGGUCCCAAACUCUAUGGAUUUGAGCAUUUUACCAAUCAUAAGUGGGGUUCAAGGCUAGGUUCUGGAUCAUUGACGCCAGAUGGUGGUGCGGGGCUGGGUUCCGGGCUAAGUUCUGGAACAUUAACACUAGAUGGUUAUGAGCUAGGUUCAAGGCUAGGUUCCGGAUGUUUUGUUGGAAUAUAUUAG